AUGAAGUUCGUGUUGAAGCACGUCUUCGUAAACGUCCCGAAACUUCUGAAUGGCGAAAUCAUUCAGAUCGAUAGCGAGCAAGAGGAACAUUUCAACGUAACUUGGGGAAUGUCUCUGAAAAAAGCGGGAAAAACGGUUUGUCUCUGUUUGAGUAUGACCAAUCCGAAUGACAACGACGACUACGCGAUUCAAACAGUGCUCGAUGUGAAAACAAUCGCAUCGAAUGGCAAAAUGUGUACCAAGACGAAAGAGCACGUCUUCAAGUAUUGGGAUAACGAAGACGUCGGAAUCGAGUUGAUGAGUUCUGGAAAGAUGUCGAAGAACUAUGUGAUUGAUGGGAAAUUGACAAUUGAGGCUCGUGUGAAAAUUCUGGAAAUGAGUGGAAUCAAAAAGAGGAAAUUGAGAAAUUUCGAUGAAACUACAAAGGGGUAUUCAGAUAUCACAUUGGCUGUCGGUGAACAUAAAUUCUACGUUUCAAAAUUGUACUUGGCUUCCCAUUCCAAGUAUUUCGACUCUCUGCUUCUCGGAAAAUUCCAAGAAUCAAAGAAAUCGGAAGUAGUUCUUAGAGAUAUCCAACCGGAAGAUUUCCAGAAUUUCCUCGAAGUUCUUCACGGAGAAGACGCAAUCAGUGAUGAGACUAUCAAAGGAAUUCUCUUUCUCGCCGAUAUGUACGACGCUCCGACUGCUCACCGUCGAUGCGAGCAGUUCUUGAUUAAUGAAUCCAAAAUGUCACUGAAGGAGAAGUUGGAAAUCUCUGCGAGAUACAAAAUGAAGCGUGUCAAGAAUAAGUGUCUCUCCAAGAUCAAAACAAUCGAGGAUAUCCGAGCAGUUCUUCCAGGAAACAUCGAAGAUAUGGAUCAUUCUCUCCUGGCGACGGUUCUUCAAAAAUCAUUGUCUUACAUCGAUAAAUUAUCCAAGUGUUAA